AUGCCGGAGUACGGGAUUGAUGAGAUUAAUGAGUUAGUUAAGGUUGAAGCGAUAAGACCUUUCCAGCUACCUGGUUUGAGUUCACACCAAGACCUUUCGGUUAAGUUAGCAUCUGCUUACGAGCAUACCCGGAAUGAAGAAGUACCGGUCGGUAGCUCUGAUGGCCGCAAGAAGGUCCGCCUGAAAAGCGAAUCGUACUUUUGUCAGAUCCCUCGUUACGGGGAACCCCAAUUGCGUAAAGCAAAGAAAGACUCAAAUAUCGCUUCGCUUCAUUCAGUUAUUGACUCAGAUGAUUUAGAUAUUGAUGAUGCUAAUCAAGCUUCAAGCAGUAUGGUGGCCUUCUCAGCUGGCUGUCAGCCUUCAUCUACGCCUACUUACUGUUCUAUCUCGGAGCCUUCCUAUGGACUUUCGAACAAUAGAGUUUAA